UUUGUUUGCUAUGAGAGUGUACUAAACAAUUCUUCAAUAAACAUAAGUAUUUAAGGUAUAAUCAGAGUACUUUUGUUGUAUAUUCUGUUCAAUUUCUAUAAUUAAUUUCCCGUCAUUAGAUGAAUUAUAUACAACAAGCUGUAUUAUGUAAGUAGUGUAUGCAUAUAUGCUCUCAAUACUAAUUCCGCUGAGAUUAAAUCAGCUGUUUUAAUGGCGCCAAAAAUUUCAAUAAAUGUUUAACGUUAGUAGGAGUUAAUUGUUAUUAUUAUAUAAAUGUGUAUUUAUAAUGGAAGUAAAUAGUGGUCAAAAGGUAUUACAAAACACAGGCAAACUACAUUCAGAAUCUAAAACUGAAAGUGAUGAGUAUUUUAAUGAAGCUGGCUAUAGGCAAUCUCGAGAAAAUGAUAAAAUCGACGCUAAGUAUGGAUUUGAAAGAGUUAAAGAUAGCACGGAACGUGUCGGUUACCUUAUCAACAUGCACUCUACGGAAGUGCUAGAUGAAGAACGACGUUUAGUGGCUGCAUUGGAUUUAUUUUUUAUCCAAAUGGACGGAUCACGAUUUAAAUGUACAGUAGUAUUUCAACCAUAUCUUUUGAUCCGUUGUAGUGAAAAUCAGUCAUUGGAGGUUGCACGCUUCUUAAAUAGAAAGUAUUCUGGUCAAUUGUCUAAUGUAGAACAACUGGUUAAGGAAGAUUUGGAUUUACCUAAUCAUUUAAGCGGAUUAAAACAAGACUAUUUAAAACUUUCAUUUCUAAACCAAACAGCAAUGACUAAAGUUCGACGCGAACUUAUGUCUGCAGUUCGAAAAAAUAUAGAAAGAGAAAAGUCGAAUACGUAUUAUAUGCAAAUGCUAGCAUCUUCAUUGACUGGUGCUAAUAAAGGAAAUUCAAACGAAUCAAAAAAACAAUUAGACUAUAUGAAUUAUAUAGUAGAUAUACGUGAACACGAUGUACCUUAUCAUGUGAGAGUUUCAAUUGAUAUGAACAUUUUUUGUGGACUAUUUUAUAAUAUACGAUGUACCAAUGGUGGAAAAGACAUGCCUAUUAUCACACCAAGACCAGAUUUAUUGGAACGACCCGAGCCUGUGGUCCUUGCAUUUGAUAUUGAAACAACAAAAUUACCAUUAAAAUUUCCAGAUGCUCAGCAUGAUCAAAUUAUGAUGAUUUCCUAUAUGAUAGAUGGGCAAGGUUAUUUAAUAACAAAUCGUGAAAUCAUCUCAACAGAUGUAGCUGAUUUCGAAUAUACACCAAAACCUGAAUUUGAAGGAAAUUUUGUUGUUUACAAUGAAGCCAACGAAAUGCAAUUAAUUCAAAAAUUUUUCGAUCAUAUAAUGGAGGUUCGUCCACACAUAUUUGUUACAUACAACGGAGAUUUCUUCGAUUGGCCUUUUAUAGAAACUAGAGCAGCAGUGUACGACAUGGAUAUGAAUCAGGAGAUAGGUUUUUCCAAAUCUAGAGAUGGAAAUUACUUGAGUCGUCCUGCAAUACACAUGGACUGUUUGUGUUGGGUGAAAAGAGAUUCUUAUUUACCAGUGGGAUCUCAUGGCCUGAAAGCUGUAGCAAAAGCUAAGUUACGUUAUGAUCCAGUUGAACUUGAUCCUGAAGAAAUGUGCAACAUGGCUGUGGAGCAGCCACAAGUGUUAUCAAAUUACUCAGUUUCAGAUGCCGUUGCGACUUAUUAUUUAUACAUGAAGUAUGUUCAUCCUUUUGUAUUUGCAUUAAAUACAAUUAUACCAAUGGAACCCGAUGAAAUACUUCGUAAGGGUUCAGGGACACUUUGUGAAACAUUAUUAAUGGUGCAGGCAUAUCACGCAAAUAUUGUGUACCCCAAUAAACAGCAAAGCGAAUUAAAUAAGCUUUCAUCUGAAGGACAUGUGUUAGAUUCCGAAACUUAUGUUGGUGGUCACGUAGAAGCAUUAGAAUCCGGUGUAUUUCGAGCCGAUAUACCUUGUCGUUUUCGAUUAGAUCCAAACAUGAUAAAACAAUUGAUAUUAGAUAUAAAUAAAGUGUUAAAACAUGCAAUUGAAAUUGAAGAAGGUAUUCCAAUAGAUAAAGUGACAAAUUUGGAUGAUAUACAAAAGGAGAUACAGCAGGCUUUACAAUGUCUACACGACAUACCCAAUAGAUUCGAACAGCCUGUCAUAUAUCAUUUAGAUGUUGGUGCUAUGUAUCCUAAUAUUAUAUUAACGAAUCGUUUGCAACCAUCAGCAAUGGUUGAUGAAAGAGACUGCGCUGCAUGUGAUUUUAAUAAACCCGAUGCUAGAUGCAAAAGAUCAAUGGACUGGCUAUGGCGUGGUGAAAUGUUACCAGCUUCUCGCAGCGAAUAUCAACGUAUCCAGCAACAAUUAGAAAAUGAAAAGUUUCCACCAUUAUUUGCUGGUGGUCCCACCCGUGCUUUUCAUGAAUUAUCGAGAGAAGAUCAAGCAGCAUAUGAGAAAAAACGCCUCUCCGAUUACUGUCGUAAAGCAUAUAAAAAAACUAAAAUUACAAAACUUGAGACGCGCACCUCGACAAUCUGCCAAAAGGAAAAUAGCUUUUACGUUGACACCGUUCGGGCCUUUCGUGAUAGGCGUUAUGAAUACAAAGGACUAACAAAGGUUGCUAAAGCAGCGGUCAAUGCCGCCAUAUCUUCAGGAGAUGCUUCGGAAAUAAAGGCAGCAAAAGGACGCGAAGUUCUCUAUGAUUCUCUGCAGCUUGCUCAUAAAUGCAUUUUGAAUUCAUUUUAUGGCUAUGUGAUGCGACGUGGUGCACGUUGGCAUUCAAUGCCUAUGGCUGGCAUCGUUUGUCUUACAGGUUCGAACAUUAUUACAAAAGCUAAGGAAAUAAUUGAACGCGUUGGACGACCACUUGAACUCGAUACAGAUGGUAUUUGGUGUAUUCUUCCUGGUUCUUUCCCACAAGAGUUUACUCUACAUACUACGCAUGAAAAAAAGAAAAAAAUUAAUAUAUCUUACCCAAAUGCAGUUCUUAACACAAUGGUAAAAGAUCAUUUCACAAACGACCAAUAUCAUGAACUAGAAAAAACAACUAACUCGACAUUGCCGCAGUAUAAGAUAAGAGAGGAGAAUUCAAUAUUCUUUGAGGUCGAUGGACCCUAUUUGGCUAUGGUUCUUCCAGCAGCAAAAGAAGAAGGCAAAAAAUUAAAGAAACGUUACGCAGUUUUUAAUUUUGAUGGGUCAUUAGCUGAACUAAAGGGUUUUGAAGUUAAAAGACGUGGGGAAUUACAGUUAAUUAAAAAUUUUCAAAGCUCAGUGUUUGAAGCGUUUUUGGCCGGUAGUACUUUGGAGGAAUGUUAUGCAUCAGUUGCGAAGGUUGCUGAUUAUUGGCUUGAUGUACUGUAUAGUCGCGGUACACAUUUACCAGAUUCAGAAUUAUUUGAGUUGAUUUCUGAAAAUAAAUCUAUGUCUAAAAAACUUGAAGAAUAUGGAGGACAAAAGAGUACCUCAAUUACAACAGCAAAACGUUUAGCUGAGUUUCUUGGUGACCAGAUGGUUAAAGAUGCUGGAUUGGCAUGUAAAUAUAUAAUAUCAAAAAAACCAGAAGGGGCACCUGUGACUGAACGUGCGAUCCCUUUAGCAAUUUUUCAAUCUGAACCCAGUGUAAAGCGUUACCAGUUGCGACGAUGGCUUAAAGAUGCAUCUGUAGGUGAUGCAGACAUUAGAGACGUUUUAGACUGGAACUAUUAUAUUGAACGACUCGGUGGUACUAUACAAAAAAUUAUAACUAUACCAGCUGCUUUACAAGGUUUGGCGAAUCCAGUACCUAGAGUAACUCAUCCAGAUUGGUUACAUAAAAGAAUGCUUGAAAAAAAUGACACGUUUAAGCAACGUCGCAUAAAUGAAAUGUUUUUGCCAAAACCCAAAACAACCUCUCCUAAGAAAGAUAACGAAACCACAAAUGAUGGUAAAGAUUUUAACAUAAGCGAUAUAGAAGAUCUGGUUCAAACAGCAACAGUGACAAAUAAUGUACCAAUAGUAAGAAAAAGAAAAAGGUUAUCUUCAGAUUUAGAUUUGGAAAGAGAAGACAAUACAAAAAAAGCUACGACGUGGCGACAAGCUUUAGGUCAACCACCUCAAAUUGGAAAUACACGUGAAGAAAUUAUAGCAUGGGUUCGUUUCCAAAAAAAGAAAUGGAAAUGGCAGCUAGAACAACGUGAACUACAUACACAGAUAACAAAGCGACCCCGCAACAACAACAAUAAGAAUAAUAUUAAUAAUAACGCCUCAAUAUCGACAGCAACUCUUGGCGGAUUUCUACUCCGUGCGCAGCGAUCUUUGAUCGACCAUGUUUGGCAAAUAAUUCAAAUUCUGCCCAUUGAUGAUUUGGGAAACUUUAAUGUCUGGGCAAUGGUUGGGGAAGAACUCCAUCGUAUUAAACUAACCGUUCCACGAAUAUUUUAUGUUAAUCAACGUAGUUUAGCACCACCACAGUCCGGUCAAAUGUGGAAAAAAGUUAAUCGAGUUCUACCAAGAUCACGUCAAGUAUAUAAUCUUUACAGAUAUAGUGUUCCGGAGAAAGUAUUUAAAGAUAAUUGCUUAGGCAUGCUAGCAGAUUUAGCAACACCAGAUAUAGAAGGAAUUUACGAAACUCAAAUGACGCUCGAAUUUAGAGCUUUAAUGGAUUUAGGUUGUGUUUGUGGUGUGCAGAAAGAUGCAGCUAAACAUUUGGCUGCUUCAAGGGAAAUGGAUAGCUUCUCAAUUGAACAAUUAGAAUUCAGUUCACACUCUCAAACUAAAUAUCUGCAAUCGUCUAAUUCUAAAUUACGUACAAUAUUUUUAUAUCAACAUAGUAUACCCAAUGGAAAGAAGGAAAUUUGGGCGUUAUUUCUAAUGGCAAGUAAAAAAGUAUUAGUCAUUGCCUUAGAUUCAGUACGUACUAAUCAAAUGCCUAAUUUAAAAAAUCUUUAUGCCGCCGAACGUUUGGUGCUAAUUAAAAAUGUCAAAAACCAAGCUGAAAUUGAAAAAAUUCCACCGGAAGAUCUAACUUUUGAAAUUUUAAUUGAAGUUGACUUGAAGCAAGUAUAUCGUCAUUUGCAGCGAGCAUUAUCUUCUUAUAAAGAGGAAAGACGCGGGCCUACAAUACUUUGUAUGCAAACAUCGCAGGAAGCAAGAACAUUGUACUCGGCUAUGCCUAUCCUUCAAGAGUAUCCGUUAGUUCCAAUUCAUAUUUCUGACGAUGCUUCGUUACUAUCAGGGUUAGAUUGGCAACGGCAAGGUACAAGGGCUUCAAUAAGACAUUUCCUUAAUUUAAACAAUGUAAUUGAUUUAAUGUUACAGCAGUGCCGAUAUUUUAGUGUACCAAUUGGUAAUAUGCCGCCCGAUAUCGUCUUAUUUGGUGCUGAUUUAUUUUUUGCGCGAUUACUCAAACAACAUAAUUUUGUGCUUUGGUGGUCAGAAACAACAAGACCUGAUUUAGGAGGCAGGGAAGCAGAUGAUAGCCGUUUACUGGCCGAAUUCGAAGAUAACAUAUCUGUUGCCCAAAAUCAUCCUGGUUUUUAUCCGGAUAUUUGUGUUGAGUUAACUUUAGAUAGUUUAGCUGUUAGCGCUCUCCUACAAUCAAAUAAAAUUCAGGAAUUGGAAGGUGCACACUCAGCGGUUACAUUUGAUGUUAUACCACAAGCUUCAUUGGAGGAAAUGAUUGGCGCGAUUCCAGUUCUGACGUUACCAAGUUAUGAUGAAACCGCCUUAUGUACGGGAGCUUUUCGAAUAAUGCGCUUAAUGGUAAAUAGCUGGUUACGUGAAGUUUCCAUUAACAAAAACGUGUAUUCGGAUUUUCAAAUCAUUCACUUUUACCGUUGGAUACGAUCAAGUAACUCUCUUCUGUAUGAUCCAGCAUUGCGCAGGUCGCUAAAUAAUUUAAUGCGCAAACUAUUUUUGAAUAUUAUAGCAGAGUUUAAAAGACUUGGUUCGACAAUUAUAUAUGCGGACUUCAACAAAAUUGUACUCAGUUCUAGUAAAAAAACGGUUACAGAUGCUUUAGGCUACGUUGAUUACGUUGUGCACAGUCUUCGCAACAAAGAAAUAUUUCAUUCAAUACAACUUUCUUUUGAACAAUGCUGGGAUUUUAUGCUAUGGUUAGAUCAGACUAAUUAUUCAGGUAUCAGAGGAGUUUUACCCAAAGGUAGCGAUGAAACUAGCUUAAAUAGUUCUUCAAGAGCAUUAGAAGAGAAUUCAGAAUGUGAGAUUGUGGAAAGUGGAUCUGAUGCUAAUCAAGACGUUGAAGUUUCUUUGGAAUUGAAUUGGACAAUUGCUGAACAUUUGCCUCUUGAGCAAGACUGCCGCGGUAAAUUUGAAACAAUAUUAACUUUAUUUAUGCAGUCGCUCGCUGAGCAAAAAAACAUAAAAACUGCUCUUACGGAUAUAUCUCAUUACUGCUUUGAUUUUAUAACAAAGUUACACAAAAAUUACGGCAAAGGAAAGCCCAGUCCAGGUUUAGACUUAAUACGGACAAUUAUCAAAGUUCUAAGUGUUGAGAAAUCACUAAGUGAAGAUAUAAAUGAAUUGAGGCGAAACAUGCUGCGUUUGGUUGGAGUUGGAGAAUUUUCUGAUCUUGCUGAAUGGAGUGAUUCUCAUGAUAGUUACAGUAUAUCAGAAGUAAUUUGUAAAGCUUGUAAUCAAUGCAGAGAUCUUGACUUAUGUAAAGAUAAACAUCGUGCAAUAAAGAAUGGAAUACCUGUUUGGCUUUGUGCACAAUGUUUAAUUGCUUACGACAAUGAGGAUAUUGAAAUCCGAAUAAUUGAUGUCUUACAACGUAAAGUAAUGUCAUACAUAUUGCAAGACUUGCGUUGUACUCGGUGCAAAGAAAUAAAACUUGUGAAUUUAACAAAAUAUUGUCCAUGUGCUGCGGAUUUCGCUCCCUUAAUAAAUGAGCAAGAUAUUAUGUCAUUAUUACACAUAUUUCAUAAAGUUGCAAGCGAUCACAAAAUGGAAUUGUUAACUGAUGCUGUAGAACAACUGCUCUAUACGAAAUGCAAUUAUUAAUAAUAUGCCAUAAAAAAUAAAAGAUAUAGUAUUUACUCCAU